GGGCGCGGGCAGCGCUGGGGCCGGUGAGCGCGGGGAUCGMGAGUUCGAGUCCCGCCAGGGACACUCCGCUUGGCUGGGGGACACAGCCGAGGGCCGUCGCCAUGUCGGUGUCGCACAGCUCCAGGCUGAACAAGCUGGUGCGGGAGCAGUACAUGAGGCUGCCCCAGGAUGGCAAAGUGCAGGUCACCUACGUCUGGAUCGACGGCAGCGGCGAGGGCGUGCGCUGCAAGAGCAGGACCCUCGAUAAGGAGCCCAAGAGCAUCGAAGAUGUCCCCGAGUGGAAUUUCGAUGGCUCCAGCACGGCACAGGCAGAGGGCUCCAACAGUGACAUGUUCCUGGUGCCCGUGUCCAUGUUCAGGGACCCUUUUUGCCUGGACCCCAACAAGCUGGUGCUCUGCGAAGUGCUGAAGUACAACAGGAAACCCGCAGAGACCAACCUGAGACACACGUGCAAGAAAGUGAUGGACCUGGUGAAGGACAGCCACCCCUGGUUCGGGAUGGAGCAGGAGUACACGCUGCUGGGCAUCAACGGCCACCCCUACGGCUGGCCCGACAACGGCUUCCCUGGCCCGCAGGGCCCCUAUUACUGCGGGGUUGGAGCAGAUAAGGUGUACGGGCGUGAUAUCGUGGAGUCCCACUACAAGGCUUGUCUGUACGCGGGGGUGAAGAUCUGUGGUACCAACGCAGAGGUGAUGCCCUCCCAGUGGGAAUUCCAGGUGGGCCCGUGUGAAGGCAUYGAGAUGGGGGAUCACCUGUGGAUGGCUCGGUUCAUCCUCCACCGCGUCUGCGAGGACUUUGGGGUCGUGGCCACGCUGGACCCCAAACCGAUGACGGGCAAUUGGAACGGUGCCGGGUGUCACACCAACUACAGCACCGAGGAGAUGCGGAGAGAGGGGGGGCUCAAACACAUCGAAGCUGCCAUUGAGAAGCUGAGCAAGCGGCACGAUUACCACAUCUGUGUGUACGACCCGCGGGGCGGCAGGGACAACUCCCGRCGCCUCACCGGCCACCACGAGACCUCCAACAUCUUCGAGUUCUCUGCUGGCGUGGCCAACCGAGGUGCCAGCAUCCGCAUCCCGCGCCAGGUCGGCCAGGAUGGCUGCGGCUACUUCGAGGACCGGCGGCCGGCGGCCAACUGCGACCCCUACGCGGUCACCGAGGCCAUCAUGAGGACGACGGUGCUCAACGAGACCGGGGUGGAGACCAAGGACUACGCUGACCACUGAGGCCACAGCGUGGGUGGAGGUUCUCGUGUCUGCAGUAGCUUCUCCUGUGGGAUUGGUGCCUGUGCGGUGUCCUCGGCUGCACGCUCAGACUCUUUAGGAACCUCGCUUCUGGUCUUGUGAAASGUCGCCUUAGAAGUAUAUAUUUUAUAGCAAGAGGGAGGGGCCAAACCUAUUUUCUCAACCACUUCAUUUUUUUCUGGUUCCUGGUUUUAGGUUGUGAGKUUUUKUUUUUUUUUAAACUUGGAUUGAAUUUUUUUCCCGAUGGACUUUACACUGUGAUGUACAUAGAUCCCUACGUGGAUGCUGCAGCUGCUGCUGUUUGCACCUGGGGAGGGCGGGUGCUUUUUUUCCAUAUCUCUGUUGCAAGGAAAUGAUAAUAAAUAAUUUUCCUGGCUGUGUGGCAGCUGGGUUAUGCUGGGA